GUCACGAAUAGGAUGCAUGUGGUGAAUAACCGUCUCAAAUGAUGAUUGUGAUUUAUAAAUCAGGCUCUGUGGUUGCUGCCAGGAGCGGAGCCUCCGCGGCUCACGGAAACGCGCAGCUCUAGAACAUACUACGUUAAAUGGAGGCUCAAGCUCAGGCUACAUCCUGCAGAUGUGAGCACAACUCCAGUUCUCACAGAACAUGGAUGGUGGCUGGUUUAUUGGGCAUGAAAGGAUUCCAUCUUCUAAACCUGAUAUGCAGACAUCUAGCACAUGCAACAGGGUCUCAAGACCCACCAUGACUAUCAACCUGACUGAGAUGCUUCAAUCUGACAAACCGAAUGCAGUGAAAAAGCCAGUUCCGAUACGACCCCCCAGCCCUAGGGUCCCUCAGCCCAAAAAACAAGAGUUCCACCACAGACCGUCCUGCGAACCACAACCUAAACCCAUCAUUCGACAGCGAUCACGCUCUCUGCCCUCCACCCCACAGAAGAAGAAGAAAUGCAGAAAUGUUGGUGUGAGAUUUGUUGACUCAUUGGGGCUUGAUCUGGAAGACAUCAGGCUUUUCAAGUCAGGAGAGGAUCCAUUUGUGCCUUAUCAUGUUACCUUCAGAUUGUUGAUGGGUGCAGAAUUAGCACAUGGAAAGCAUUUGGAGAUAUCCUUGCCAUAUCUGAGGCCGGUUUUAUCCCAGCAACCAGGUGACCAGCCUGGAUUCCUGCAUCGUUUACAUGAGCAAAAAGUCUGUCUGGAGAGAGUCUUGUGUUUUGAACUGGGUGUGAUGGGAAUCACCCAGGUUCUUAAUUUGGACUUUGAGAAGGAAGUCUUGGCUCGCUAUACAUUCACAGGAUGGGAAAGUUACACAGAAAGUAAAGCUUCUUGGGUGUCCAGCAGCACUAAGACCUCUGAGGGGGGAGGGCAGCAACUCAGUUGUGACACAUUUCGAUUUCACCUGCCUCUUCCUCCAUACCUGCAGCCAGGUGCAGAGCUGCAGUUUGCGAUCAAGUACAAAGUGUGUGGAGUUGAAUACUGGGACAACAAUAAUGGAGAGAAUUAUAAAUUGGUUUGCCAUAACUACAAGCUCACUGUGCCAAAGGAAUGUGAGGAUAGCAUCGUGCACUUCAUCUAAGAAGCAGACUGAAAGUAAAGGAUAUCUGUUAGGAGCACUUUAUGACUUGUUUCCCACACAUAUUAAAUUGUAUAGCUGCAUUGUAGUGUAUAAUGUUGCUAGAAUAAUAUAAACAAAGGCUUCCAUUGAUUUAAGUUGGGUUCAGAACAGCAGAAAACUCUGAGCAUACUUUGUCUGAGUGAAACAGACUACAUAUGUGCACUUAUAUAUGAUGCCAACUUUAGAGACACUAUUUCACAUAAGAUUUUUUACUAGAAACUGGGCUUGCGUAUAUGAUUUGUGUUCUUUGCUGAUUUAAAAAAAUGCACUUUAAUGUGGGAAAAUCUGAACAAUGUUACGCUCUCAGAGUGUUCACCCACAAAAAUACUCACAUAUGUAUGCACUUAUGUCCACAGGAUUCUUACAGCUGGAAAAUUUGCAUAUACUAUUGUUUUAUAUGUUUUGAAACUGUGGUCUUCUGAACCACUUUGCUCUUUAUGUAUUUUUAAGGAAAUAUUGUCAAACAUAAUACCCAAACCAUGUAUGGCAUGGGUAGAAUUUUCAGAUCUUUUCAGAAUGUAAAAAUGACUGCUUAUUUUGUUUAACAUUAAAGCACA